GUGAUUCUUUAUAAAGUCUGAAUGUGAGCCGUGUUUUCGUGAUUUUUGGAGAGUAAAUUGUAGAGAGAUGAAUCCCGGGGGUCGCAGACUUAAACAGUGGCUCAUCGAGCAGAUCAAUAGUAAUAUAUAUAAUGGGUUGUUAUGGGAGGAUGAAAACAGAACAAUGUUCCGGAUUCCAUGGAAGCAUGCAGGAAAACAGGAUUACAACCAAGAGGUGGAUGCAUCCAUCUUCAAAGCGUGGGCAAUAUUUAAAGGGAAGUUUAAGGAGGGCGAUAAAGCUGAACCAGCGACAUGGAAGACAAGACUGCGCUGUGCGCUUAACAAGAGCCCAGACUUUGAGGAAGUUACUGACCGAUCCCAGCUUGACAUCUCGGAGCCUUAUAAAGUAUACCGGAUAGUGCCAGAUGAGGAACAGAAAUUGGGUAAAAAUUCGAUUCCUUCCAUGGACUGUUCACCAGAACUGGAUGAAUUAAUCAAAGAGUCUUCAAAUGAUGAAUACAUAGGCAUCAUUAAGCGAAGUCAUUCUCCUCUGGACGAGGCCAGCAAUGUCUCAUCAGUACAGGAAUGGUGGCAGCAGGACUGUCCUAAUGUCUCAGCUGCUACUGUGCAUCAAGAUCCAUCACCUGCAGGAACAUUCAAUGCUGCGUUCUCUCAGAUGAUGAUCUCUUUCUAUUAUGGAGGGCGACUGGUAGGCAACACACUUACCACUCAUAGCGAGGGUUGCCGUAUCUCCCCCAGCCAACCCCCUGUGGCUAACGCCCUUUUAUAUGGGCCAGACAGUCUCCAGAACAUCCGCUUCCCAUCGGUGGACAUCAUAGAGCACGAACGGCAGCGCCACGUCACCCGAAAGCUCUUCAGUCACCUUGAGCGUGGCGUGCUGCUGCGUGCCAACAGAGAGGGCAUCUUCAUCAAGCGCCUAUGCCAAAGCAGAGUGUUCUGGUGUGGCCAGGACUCCCAAUACAACCCCGCCCCUUGCAAACUAGAGAGAGAUGCUGUGGUGAAGAUCUUUGACACUGCCAGGUUUCUGCAAGCGCUGCAGUUAUAUCAAGAGGGCCAUUAUCAGCUCCCAAAUCCCACAGUCACGCUCUGCUUUGGGGAAGAAUUUAAUGAUUUCAACACUGUCAAGAGCAAAUUAAUCAUUGUGCAGAUCACAGCAAUCAAUUGUCAGCAGCUAGUAGAAGCGGUAACUGUCCACAGAUCCCAGUACAGCAGUGGGAAUUUGGAGAUCUCUGAUGAGAUGGCCAGUGAUCAGAUGGCUCGUAUAUACCAGGAUCUGUGUGGCUACCCCGUUCCCCAGCGAGCUUCCUGUUUUAGAGACAACCUGCCCAUUCCAGUCUGAGGCAGACGUCAAUCCAGCUUUUUUAAAAGAGCAAGUCAUUUUACAAACUGACGCAGAAUCAUGAUUUUUGUCAAUGUCAUUACAUGAAGAGUAUGUUUGUGUAGCAUCUCGUUCUCUCAGGACUAAUAAUAAAUAAAAUGUUCUCAGGAAACACAAUUUUUUUCUAUUAGAAGGAAGUGAAUUUCUUAAAAAUGAUGUAUAUUUGACAGUUGUUGCCAGAUUGUAGUUUUCGUUUUGUUUUAUCAUUUGUCCUAAUCGGUUCGAGUCCUCUCUUCCUUACUGUGUUUUUUAUUCUGUACCAUGAAAAGUUGAUAGGUUUUACUAUCCUUCAUUUCUGUAAAUGCUUAUUUUUUAUGAUUUCUUUUUUUAAGAAAUGUAGCUUCAAGGCAAAUUACAUAUGUUUAAAAUAACUUAAAAAUAAAAAAGAAUGCAAA